AUGGAUGAUUUUCAAUACUAUCACGAUUUAAUCCUUUCAUCUAAAUGCAAAAUGUGUGGUAAAGCGUUUACAUAUGCAAAUAAACCAACAUUGGAUAGAAUCGAUAAUGAAAAACCACAUACCAAAGAAAAUUGUCAGUUAAUGUGUUGUUAUUGCAAUGUCGUAAAAUCAAAUAAAGAUGAAGAUGUUCAACGUUUAAGAAUCAAUUUAAGAAAUUAUGUAUUAAAAAAUAAUUUACCAAUGACUUUAGAUUCAGUUGAAGCUUAUCACAUUCUCCGUAAUGGAAUUACUGGUGGUCUAUCAAAUGUUCAACAUCGUGUUAAUCUUAAAGGAAUCACGCACAUUAAUAAACUUUCAUAUAAUCCAGAAACUAAAACUGUAUCAAAUGAGGACACCACCAACAUUAUGACUCAUUUCGUUGGAGUUGACUUUAAUUCAUUAUAUCCUUCAUCAUUUUCAUCUAAUCCUCAUGAUUUCAUUCAAUAUACUGACCAUAAAAUGUAUAUGCCGGGAAGAUUGAAUGGUGUUAUCAUUUGUGAUACAGCAACAAAGAAAGCAAAAGCACUGGGAAUUAUUAAGAAGAAAAAUACUUUAUUCGUGGCUGAAGUAAAGGGUCACAUUGAUGAAAAAUACAUUAAUGAUUACAUAAACUUUUUACCGAUAAUAAGAAACUUAGAUAUUAUCACAGAUGAAAAAACAAUUGGCGGUUUUAUGUAUAAUUACAUGAAAUCAAACAAUCUACCAGUUGACCAGAAACAGAGAAAAUUAACUCAGUUAGCAUCAACACACAACCAAUAUCAACCAUUUUCUUCUUAUUAUCUUUGGUAUCUAAUAGACAAAUUUCAUUUUAUCAUCGAUGACAUUCAAUCAAUUUUAACAUUUACUAAAAACACUUGUUUUAAUGAAUUUGCGAACAAAUUUAUGAACGAAAGACAAAAGGCUGAAUUAGAAGGAAAUAAAGGAAAAAGUUUAUUUUGCAAGAUUUCACUUAAUGGAUCAUAUGGUUACGAUGCAAUGAAUACACAAAAUUACGCAAAGACUAAAAUAAUGAAUGCACAGAAGGCGCGCAUUGCAUGUAUGUCAAAUAAGUUUAAAAACAUAAGAGAAAUAGGAGAGGAUACGUAUCAAGUGAUGCUCAAAGAUAGAUUUUAUAGAUGUGAUACGUGUUUACAAGAGGCAUUCUUCACUUUAGAUAAUGCUAAAUACUGGUAUUUAGUUUUCAUUUAUGAUUUUAUGUAUAAAUGCAUGGAUGUUAAUCGUUUUCAUUUCAUUGAAGGUGAUACUGAUUCAUCUUAUUGGGCAAUCGCUGGCGAUCCAAAUCUUCCUAACACUCAAGCAUUUCAAGCAAUUGUUACCGAUAAACAAUUUUAUGAUAAAAACAUUUUCAAAUUCGCACCUUUUAAUUUCUUCUGUUUUGAUGAGAAAUUUAAGCCUAAAUUAAAGAAUAAAGCUGAAGAAAAAGCACAUGAGAAGAAGUUAUUGGGUUUAGCAAUUGAGAAACAAGGUGAUAACAUGGUUGCUUUAUGUCCUAAAUGUUAUACAUCAUUCAACGGUUCAAUUGAUGGAAGUGAUUUUAAAAAGAUUGCACAAAAAAUGAAAGGUGUUAGUUUACGACAAAAUAAACAAUUAACACCUAAAAAUUAUUUGGAUAUAAUAAAUGAUAAAUUGAUAUUUGAUGGUCAGAAUAUUAAUUUACAACUUAAAAACGGGGUAAUGACUCGCUUAACAAUUGGUAAGACUGCAUUAACAGGAGCACACACUAAGGCUGUAUGUUGUGAAAAUGGAUGUUGUAUGCCAUUUAUUUAA